CUUAUACAGUUGAGUAUGUACACAUGUCUAAAGGAGUUAGCAUAACCUUCGCUGCUGUCGGGACGCUAGCAUGUAAUCGCUUCUGAGCUCGCAGAGCACAAUGAAGGCUCUAAAGUAGUUCCAGAAUGCCAAUGAUUAUAUCAAAGGAGAUGUGGGGCCUUCCAUAACAAGAAGACGCAAUAAGAUGCCCGAAAUGCACUGCGAACUGCACUACCGUACUGCCAAAAAGUGCUUCUAAAUAUUGCUGGAAUAAAUUAGAUAUGUAAUGUAUGUGACUGCUGUGUGGCCGCGGGUGCUGCACUGGAGUAUGCGGGCGCGCCUGCUGUCGCCCCUGCGGGGGCCGGCGUUGCCUCAAUACGUGGCCGACCGGUUUGCGGCGGCAGUGGCCCUUCUCCCCGCUGGCUGGGCUGCCACCGCGUGUGCCACCCAGCUGGCUCGGGGGCUUGCUGCCGCGCUGCCGCUCCCGGCGGCCGACAUUCCGCCCUGAAGGCUAAGCAUUUGAGCAAUAUGUGUGCGACGUGGGUGUGUCGGGUGUGGAGGCUGCCCUGGCGGCGGGGGCCUUCGUGUGCACCUUGGCCCACUUGUGGGCGCUGAUAUGGGGGAAGUGGGCGCUGAUAUGGGGGAAUCAUCAUCAGGAAGCACUGUGGCGGGUGGCCGCCAACACUUGCUGGGCGUUCCCAUGGCAUGCUCCCCAGCGUGCACGCGGCGUUGCUGUUGACCCGUGUUGGGCAUGUGGGGUUGACAUGCAUGAUGGGGGCCGGCGUCACUGGUUUUGGGACUGCACUGUUGUGCUGUCCCUGCGGGAAAACAUGGGAAUGGCUAUGGGUUUCAUGCCCGAGGAUGCUCUAAGUGCCUUCUCUCGUGAGGAGUUGUGGUUAGUGCGCCCGCCUGCGGGCUUGCGCCACCUUUGUGGGAUGUGGUGUGUCUCGCUGCUACGUCUGCCCUGGACUUCGGUCGGCAGCGUAUGGCUAUGGCCGGGCUGGCGGCGCGAGCGAAGCUGCCGUCGGCCCAGGUGCUGAGCAUUGGACUUGCCGUCGUAGCUGACUUCUGGGGUCGUCUCCAGACGUUUGUGACUUUGGGGAUCAGGCCAAAGGGUUGGGACACUGUGCCGUCUGCGCAUCCAUUCAUCUCUCAGGCUGUUGGUGAAGGCAUGGUAUUGCGCUUGCCGUAUGACGCUGAUUCCCCGCCUCCCUCGCCGUGAGGGGUUGUGAGUGGUUGGUGGCUUUGUGUGUGGGCAGGAUGCACGUGUGGGCGACCGUUCUAGUGCCUGGAUGCUUGCGCCCUGGUUAGUGCAUGCACUGUGUGUGUGUGUGUGUGUGUGUGUGCUGCGGCCUGGAUUCCCGGCACUUCUGUGCCUAGGCUUGUGGUGUUGAGGCACAGCGGUGGGGCUCUGGCGGGUUGAGGCUUGGCUAGGACUCACUGUGCACGGAGUCACACGGACUUUGCCCGCGGGAGGGUUUGCAGCAAAUCGGGGUUGGUGGAGUCGAGUUGGGCCCUGGUAGCAUGUGAUGGCUCGGCGUCUUCGGGUGCUCGGACUGUCCUCUCUGUAACAUCCGCAUUCA